GUGAAGUAUUUUCACACUGUGGUAUUAGUACUUUCACUUAAGUAAAGAAUCUGAAUACUUCUUCCACCACUGGUAGUGUGAAGGAUGACUUUUGGGCAGGCAUUUUGGUGGAGCAGGGGGCAGGAUAUAUUGAUAUACAGGGUGCCCAGCUCUUCAAGACAGCCAUAGAGAGAAGAGCAGCACAGACCUCAGCAACACGAUCAUAACAUCGAACGGACAAUGAUGGAUUCUUACUUCAGAGGCACCUUGUGGACGAUACUCAUCCUCUUCACACUGCCACACCUCACCUGCAAAACGGUCUGCCCCAGCAGCUGCCAGUGUACUUUAAAUGGUGCUGUCAAGUGUGUUGGCCACACCAUCACAGAUAUACCACAGCAGCUGCCUGUCCACAUGUACCUGCUGCUGCUGAAUGACACACACAUGAACGUCAUAAAUGAGCAGAGCUUGGCGAAACAGGACCUCCUGUUGCGUUUCAGUCUGACUCACAGCCAUCUACACACUAUCCAUCCCAGGGCCUUCCACAUUGCUCCGCAGCUCAGGUCUGUCAAACUGUCGUCCAAUGAUCUCUCUUCCCUUCCUGCUCGGGUUUUCAGUCCACUGACAACUCUGGAGCAGCUGCAUUUAGACGGGAACCAGCUGGAGACCGUGGCUCCUGAUGUGUUUGAAGGACUUGUUGGACUGAUGGAUCUGGACCUGAGCCGGAACAAACUGAGUAGUCCUGAUUCAGAUUUUUUCAAUGGACUGACCAACCUGUCCUUUCUGAACCUUGGCAGGAACUCCAUAAAGAAGCUUCCACCGACCAUCUUUCACUCCUUGACUAAACUUCGCCAGCUCAUGAUCUAUAACAACGAGCUAGAGGUGCUAGAGGCUGGGAUCUUUGAUGGACUUGUCAACCUUGAGGAGCUAAAACUCCACCAAAACCAGAUUAGUAGCCUUCCACCUCAGGUGUUCUGGUCACUGAGGAACCUGAAGACCCUCACCCUGUCCUCCAACCGACUUCAGGCUGUCCCAGAAAAGAGCUUCUACAACAUGCCCAAGCUGAGUAAACUUACCAUUUACAAGAACCCGCUAUUAUCUGUACCAGACCAGCUAAUGGGUCACAUGCCUGACAUGAGAGAAUUGUAUCUGUAUGCCACUAACCUCACCACAGUUCCUGGAAAUUUGUUCGCUAACAUGACUGGACUCCUGAGGCUUAACUUCCAUUUAAAUGACAAGCUGAAUGAGUUGCCUUCAGACCUCUUCUGCUGCCUUCCCAACCUUCAGAAGCUCUCGUUGAAAUACAAUGACCUCCAAUAUCUACAUCCUCAGCUGUUCUCCGGACUAAAAACACUGGGCAUACUGAUUCUUAAUGACAAUAAGCUGCAGAGCCUACCAGAAAACAUCUUUCAGGGACUUGGAGAGCUUUUGUCAAUUUAUUUGAAGAAUAACCACCUCAAGACUAUCCCAGGAGAUAGUUUCUUGUCAAAUACGAUUUUGAGGACUCUUACUCUGAGUGGUAACCCCUGGGACUGUACUUGUAGUAUCAGAGGUAUUGCAAAAUGGAUAAGACAUAAUGAGCAUGUGGUUCUUGACAGAGAGGAGGUGCUAUGUCAUAGUCCAGUGUACCAACUGCUCCGUACCAUUGGCUCUUUGCAAGAUGAGGAGUUUAGCUUUUGUGAUGCUACAUCACAACGUUUUUUUCCUACACAGAGUGACUUGCAUGAGCUAACAAAACCAUUUCACACCAUUUCAACCAGUGGACAAACAUCAGUUGUUGCUUCAACAACCACACCACCCACAGCAACAUCAACCACCACUCAAGGAGCUACCCAACAAGUCACCACCCCAACAACCACUCCAACUACAAAACCAUCUGCCUUACACACCACAAUCCUAACAACUUAUCUCCAAAAUCCCACCACCACCAUGCCUAACGAGGAGUUUCUUCUCAUUGCUAAUACUCCUUCGACUCAUUACAUGUCACUUCCUUUCUAUGACAGAUUAGUGAUUGAACAGGGGCCCGAGUUUGUUCACCACAACCUUCACAGGGGCUUGGUGUAUGUGUGGUUUCUGCCCUCGGACACAACCUUGGCUGGGCUCCUCAUGUUUUGUCACAUCCUUCUAGUGGCCACAGGCUUGUUCCUCAUCGUUGCUGCCAUGUAUUGCAUGUAUCGCCUCAACAAGACCAUGGAUGAGCUAAAGGCUGAGCGUGCGCAUACUCCAGGACCACACCAACUCACUGUCUUUGUUCACUCCAUCGUCAGCCACUACGGGAGAGAAAAAAUGGACCUGCCCCCUACCCUUCACGUGCUCCUGAUUCUCUGUUCUCUCAACGCUGUUGUUUGGGCAUGUCCAGAUGGGUGCAAAUGUCAAGGAACCAAAAUCAUCUGCAGUGGCCUCUCAGACUUCCCCACAACUGUGCCCUCAUCUACCACCACCCUCUACUUCUCCAAUUGCAGUAUCUACUUUCUGAAACCAGAGGAUCUGACUGAUUUCUCUAAUGCCCUUGGCAUCUUUGUGAUUAAAGACACUGAUCUGAGGGAAGUGCGCCCUGGCACAUUUGAUUCCACUCCGAACAUAGGUGCCUUAGGGUUUACUGGCACCAAACUGCAAGAUCUCCCUGAAGCCUUGUUCCAAAAUCUUCAGAAGCUUGAGUCUCUGAAUCUGAAGAGCAACAGUCUCUUGGUACUCCGCCCUAACUGGUUUGCUCCGUUGACGGAUCUGAAACUCCUUGAUCUUAGUAAGAACCUAUUCACUUCUGUACCUGUAGAAACUUUUCACCCUCUUGCUGAGCUGCAGUACCUUUACCUUUCUGGAAACAAUAUCAGUCAAUUACCCAGAGAGACAUUCAAGGGUCUUUCUAAGCUGAAAACCUUACGGCUUAACAAAAACUCACUACAGGAACUCCCAAUUGGCAGUUUGGAUGACCUUGGAAACCUGGAGGAACUAUCCCUACAUGACAAUCGAAUCACUCAUCUCCACCAUGACCUGUUCUCCAAGACUUUGAAACUCCAGAAGCUGUUCCUCUCCCACAACAGGCUCACAUCUCUUCCACAAGGAAUCUUCUUAAACCUGCCCCUCCUUUCCCAGAUCUCCUUGUAUGAAAACCAGCUGGAGAGUCUGGGACCAGGGGUGUUUGGGCCUAUGGCCCUGCAGGAGUUGUGGCUUUAUGACAACAAGCUCAGCCGCGUGGAGGAUAACACAUUCAUGAACCUGACUCAGUUGCGUCUCCUGGUGCUCAGUCGCAACCAGAUCAACUAUGUAUCCACCAGGGCCUUUAGUGGUUUGGAGCAGCUGGGAGAGGUAUCACUUCACACCAAUCUGCUCACAACGCUGAAAGCUGGGACUUUCCAAGGUCUGCCCCGUCUGGUCAACAUUUCCUUGGAGCACAACUUCAUCAGCUCCCUCCCUAUGGGUUUUCUCCGGGGCCUGAGCCACUUGGGACAAAUAGACCUGCAAAAUAACUCCUUUUCCAACCUGCCACAGGACAGUCUAGAUGCCCUCACUGUAGCAAAGGAAGUACUCCUGCAGCAGAACCCCUGGAGGUGUGACAAGGAUAUUCUGCCACUUAGGGACUGGCUGAGACAGCACCCAUCGAAGGCCAACCAAACUCUUGUGGUCUGUGAAACACCACUGAAUGGUGAGGUGAUUGCUCUGCUGACAGAUGAGAACUUGAUGCCUCUUAGCUCUACUGAGGAGCCUGUGUUGACCUCAACAGAAAAGAGGAGGAAACCCCAUACCCCUCCAACCAGACGAAGCACCUCCUCACCUGCUGUGAAGACCACCCCCGCCUCAGAGCACGAGGAGGUCACCAGCGGUGGACAAGGGGAAAAGGGAACGGUUUCUAAUGAUACUUCAAUCAUCCUCAUUGCCGUUGCAGUACUGUGCACUGUCAUCAUCAGCACUGUCAUCAUCAGCUGUUUGUGCUGGAGGAACAACAAGAGAGGCAGGGGAAAUAUAGGCCGCAGAAAUAAGAACUCUGUGCUGUAGACUAGACCACCCAACAUCAUCAACCCAAGAACUUUUAAAGCCAAGGGAAACUGCUCACUGAUUACUGUGGUUUACUCGGAAAAUAUGGAGCCUAGAGUUGAUUUUAGAGCCUCAAAGGCAAUAGAAAUAACCAUGUCAUCUCCAUUCAGACAUACUGUACAAGCUAGAACAAACAAGUCAACGUUUUAAUUCAUUAGCUUUCAGUAUUUAAUGAUCAAAUUUACCAGCCCGUAUUCCUUUCAUGUGUCAUGUAAAAAGAGUAUGGACACCGUAUGUACUAACUGAAAAAACACCCAUCUUGCCAUCUUGUGUGACAUUUUGGUGAAUGUAACCUCAGAUGCACUGAAACAGUGUACUUCUUUUAGUAAAAUUAAGAUUGCAUUCAGUAUUUUCUUCAAACUAUUUUCCAUUUUUCAGUACUAAUAAUUGCAGUUUCACAAUGACUUUCUGUGCUAACAACAAUGCAUUUAGGAGACAGUUGCAAAAUGGCUGUCCAUGUAAAAUGAAAUGUCAAUUUGACUCCACUGUAACACAAUUCAUCCUAUGGUAGCUCCACUUACAAUGCAAAAUUCUACUAUACAUUGAAUAAAUGCACUACUUUUAGUGGGA